AUGAGUUUCGGGUUUGGUGUCGGCGAUUUCAUCGCUGUCAUAGACAAGUUGAGACACUGCCACGACAGAUUUUCUGAGGCGCCUGAGCUGUUUGUCUCUCUAGUUAGGAAUGUGGAGAUCAUCAAACCGCUUCUCGAAGAAGCCCGUUGCCCACAGCAGAAUCUCAAUGAUGAAGAGCAAAAGAUACUGGAGGACAUCAUCGAAGGUUCCUACAAGGACCUUAAGAGAUUGAAAAAAGUCUUGGAUGAUUGCAAGGAACUCAACAAGCCCCUCGAAAAGAGAAGGUGGGACAAGUCGAAGCUUUUGCAGUUUCUCCAACGGUUACAGCUCGACCCAAAAGCGAUCGACGGCAUUCAAUCAAGUCUCUCCAUCAAAAUCACACUACUGAAUACCCUCAAGAACGCGUCAGAUAGUCGAGUCAUACAAAGCACAAAGCAAGUGGUGGAUUCGAUGCACCAUGGGCAAGCCAGCAAACAUCAACAGGAAAUUUUAGAGUGGCUGACGCCAUCCGACUAUUCGUCACAACAACGAGAUUACUUCUCCACAAGGCACCCAGAAACAGCAUCCUGGCUACUAGAGUCCAAGGAAUUUGAAUGGGUAUCGAACAGAGGCCAGACUCUGCUGUGCCGUGGUAUGCCAGGAGCCGGCAAGACCAUCAUGACUUCCGUCGUCAUAGACCAUUUGAUACACCGGUUCCGUGAAGAACCGAGGGUCGGGAUAGCCUACGUUUACUGCAACUUCAAGGACACCGAACGCCAAGAUUGCCACGAUCUCUUGUCUAGUCUAGCGAAGCAGCUGGCGCAAUCCUGCUCUCCAUUCCCUCAAAGUCUUGAGACGCUCUACAACACACACCACAAGCGAAGAACUUUGAGAACGAUUCAAGAGACAGUUGAUCUGCUCCAGAUCAUAUCCUCCUGCUACGAAAGAGUGUUCAUUGUUGUUGACGCCUUGGAUGAGUGUGAUAGAAACGCUCUACAAGCUUUUCUUCCAAAAAUCCUCCGGCUACAACAAAGAUCCCAAGUCAAUAUUUUUGCAACCACCAGAGAAAUUCCUGAGAUCUUGGAGUCGAAGGAAUUCGAGAAUUCUAUCUCUGUAGAAAUCAGGGCUAUUGAGGAGGACGUACUAAGAUACACGACAGAUCGUAUGACCCGCAUGCAGAGCUUUGUCCGCAACAACCUUGAUUUACAGAAGGAAAUCAGAGACAUCAUUGCAGAAAAGGUUGAUGGAAUGUUCCUGUUGGCGAGACUGCUCAUCGAUGCUUGGUCUAACAAGCUAAACCCAAAGGAGCUUAAGAAGGCACUCAAAGUCUUUGGAGAAACGAGUGGAGGGCCAGACGUCUACUCAGCUGUAUACGAUGAGGCCAUGAAUCGGAUUAGGUCUCAACCAUCUGAGCACGUUGAGCUCGCGCUGAACGUUCUCUCUUGGACAAUAGGCGCCAAGAGGCCUCUUACAAUCAAAGAGCUGCAGCAUGCCCUCGCCGUCGAAGAGGGAGAAACGGAUAUAGACCAGGACAACAUCAUACCAGUCGAAACCAUGAUCUCUGUAUGUGCUGGACUUGUAACAGUCAGUGAGCGAAGUGGUGGUGUGAUACGACUUGUUCACCAGACAACACAAGAGUACUUCGAGAGGAAAAGACAUCAGUUUUUCCCAGAUAUUGACUCUCAAAUCGCAAUCGCAUGUACCAAUUACCUUUCGAUCAAGAAUGUUUACAAGCUUCCCGGAGACUACGAUUCCUACGAAUACGACUCUGACUCCGACUUUGAAUUCAAGUUCGAACGGCGACAUUUGCAAGGUCGCAGAGACAAGCCCGCUCCGUUCUUCAACUAUGCAACUCUAUACUGGGGGGAACACACACGAGAGAGCUCGAUUAUCCCGACAGAAGUAAUUGGGUUUCUUCGGAACCAAGACGCACGUAAUAGAUCCGCUUCGGUGCUGAGACAACUACGUUGUAUGCCAUCUAUCCCUCGCACGUCGGCACAAGUGGCAGCAUAUUUCGGGAUUCUCCAAUUGUUCACCAACUAUACUCUCCCGGAAAUCGACAUGUACUCGGUUGACGAAAGUGGUAAAACCGCCUUGUGGUGGGCUGCCUUCGCAAAUCGGUUAGAUGUUGUCAAGUUUUACCUCGACAGCGACGCCAUCGAGCACACCCCGCUUGAAUCACAUUCACCAUGCACUGAAACUUUUAAGAGAAAGGUAUCAAUUCAGUGUUUUCGAGAAUGCAUGCGAGUAGCUAUGAAGAAACACCGAACGGCUGUGCUAGAGGCUUUCAUCGGGUUCUCCGCUGAGCGAAGGCUCAAUGGGGAUCCUGAGCAGGACAAGGAGUCAUGCAUCUUCUCACAGCCUAUCAGCCAGAAUGAUGUCAGUUGGUUCAACGUGGUAUGUGGAACCAGACUCUACUGGUGGUACCAAUCCACGCAGUACCUCGACGAAUUUAUGUUUGAGGAAGAACCCUCCGUGACUAAAAUUUGCUGGGGGAUAAUUGUCUACUUCAUACGCGGCAAAGGACUCGACCAAGAUCGUCACGAAUGGCUGCCACACGUCAUUUUGGAAUUCCUGAACUCUUUAAGAUACUCAAAAUACUCGGACUCACAGUACUUGAACUAUUGUUCAACUAUCUCAACAUCAGCGAACAAAAUUCAACCCAUUUCAUUGAAUUUCAUGCUUGACGAGCUAUUAAUACUCCUUUCCAGAGGAGAAAGCUUUGACUAUAGUGAGAUCUCACUAUUGGAUCAAGGGCUCACUGAGACUCUGAGACUGCUUCUGAAGCUAGGGGCCAACCUCGAUACGUCGAAUAACAUGGGAAGGAUACAUUGCGCACUCGCUCUUAUGGGAUUUCACUCAGCGUUUAGGUUUCUUAUGACACAAGGGGCUUGCGUUUAUACUCAGGAUGCAGGCGAAGAGAUUCUCACAUCAGUGGCCAGCAUGACGGGCAAAGAGUCAGCUUUGUCGGCGCUCAUGAGUGGUGCAGUCAUUACUGAAAGACACGACUUGAACACGCAAGAACCCAGUAUUCAAAACCCUGCAUCAGUUGAUGUAGAGGAAAGCAUUACAGCCGCUCUUCAACUUCUCGUAGAGAUGGGAGCGGACAUCGGAGCCCGAGACCACGAGGGCAAGACCCCGACAUACUGGGCCAUCGUCUCUAGAAAUAUCCCAGCUCUUCAUUUCCUGUUAGAGAACAAUGUCGAAGCAGAGAUCGAAUCAACUUGGGGAAAGCGCCCUUUACUACAGGCUGCUGUCGGGAGCAACAAGGCGGUUGUAGAAAUUAUUCUUAACCAUGAUGCCGAUAUCGAAGCUGCAGAUAAGAAAGGACGGACCGCAUUAUCAUGGGCUGCAGGAUGCGGUAAUCUCGCGGCUGUGCAACUUCUCUUGAAGAGAGGUACCGAGGUUGAUGUCCCUGAUGAAAGCGGUCGGACUCCCUUGGCUUGGGCAUGCGCAGCGGAAGACAUAGAUGACCAAGUCAUCCGGAGUCUUCUAGCACACGGCGCUAACUCAGGCAUUGGGGGCAGCGACGGUGCUGUAUGGCUUUACGCUCGUCACAAAUUUGAUCUUGCCAUUAUUGAUAUGUUCUGUCAAAAUGGUUUCGACCUGUGCUCAAAAGACGCCCAUGGGAGAACGUUGCUGUUCUACGCUGCAGAACGCGGAUCUGCGGAAGGUUUCAAGAUGAUCCUAGAGUCGACAAAUCUGAACUUGAACUCGAAGGACGACCACGGACGAACGGUUUUGUGGUAUGCAGUGACGGGAACUCCUGGGCGCAGACCCAACACAGAGGUUGUCAGAAUGAUAUUGGAUGACCCCAAAGUCGACCAUAACUACAUCAACGGGCAAGAAGCUCUGAUCCAGACGAUCCAUCAGAAUUCCGUGGAGCUUUUGCAAUUUCUGGCCACUCGCGAGGAUGUGAGUGUCAAUGGGGAGUUGAAUGGGAAAAAUCUUAUGUUGUAUGCAGCUGAGAGGGGAAAUUUGUCAAUUUUCAUGUCACUCAAAGAAUGUGGUGCUGUGUGGGGACAGAAUCAAUGUAAGAACGUGGAAAUACUGUCAAGAAAUUUGUGGAGAUUCAAGGAAAUCGACGAAGAGAUAAACUUCAAGUGGUCUUAUCACAAAGGUCAGCUAUUGUAA